CCCGCCAUCAGCGCAGCGCCAAGAAUAUGCAGGUCCCUCAAGGCGCACCUACCUAACCUCGCCGUGUGCGACACUAAGCGAUCUUGUCUGAGUGACCGGCUUCCCUGAGUUGAGCCCGGGAUCCCCAGAGCGCUACUACCAAUGGGCGUUCGAUGUGCGAUUGUUAUAGAAUGGGCUGGGCUGGGGGCGUGAUGGCUGCUCCCCCGCAGCGACUGACUGCGCUAGUCGGAGGUGCCGUGUAUUCCGGAGCCCAAAGAUUGUGGAUUUGAAACUUGGAGCAGCUGAACCCACCCCUCUGGGAAAGGGAAAUAUACUGAGGCUGCAGCCAAGUGGGACAAGCAAAGAGCAAACUGCACACAAGGGAGACAUCUGAUAUCCGCUCUGCAAGGAGCAUUUCAGCGCCAUCUGAUUACAUGGGAGAUAAGGCAUUGCUGCUGGAAUCGUUCUGGAUGGGAUCGCUGGCUGAUAUCCUCCAGGGUUCGCUACUUGUGGGCUGCUCUCCUUCCCAUUGGCUAUGGGAUGCCUCUCUGUGAGGAGAACUACAGGCAGCAGCAACAUGAUCCUUACUUGAACCCUUACUGGACUUAUUCUAUUUCCAUGGAUUUGUUCAAGUGGAUGAUCCUCACUCUUCUCUCCUAGGGCCACACUAAACUGCUCCUUGCUUUUCCUUGCCCUUAUCAUGUAACUGAGAUGGAGGUAACAAGUUUUGUCCCAACUGCAUUUUAUAAUGGAUCUGAAGAGACUGACCAACCCCAGCUAAAUGUCUGGCCUUACACAGCACUGGAGUGCACCCUAAUCAUAAUAGCAGUAGUGUCCAUCAUCUUGUCUACAGUGCUUGGCAACAUUCUUGUUGUUUUGGCAAUAUUUACCAGCCGGGCCCUGCGGGCCCCACAGAACUUGUUUUUGGUUUCACUAGCAUCUGCUGACAUUCUAGUUGGUGCACUGAUCAUCCCAUUUUCUCUGGCUAGAGAGGUUAUGGGUUAUUGGCAUUUUGGAAGUGUAUGGUGUAGUAUGUACCUGGCUUUGGAUAUCUUAUUCUGCACAUCCUCUAUUGUUCACCUGUGUGCCAUCAGUAUUGACCGCUAUUGGUCCGUGACAAAAGCAGUCAAGUACAAUCUAAAGCGCACGCCCAAGAGGAUCAAACGGAGCAUUGCAAUCAUAUGGGUGGUAUCUGCCAUCAUUUCUUUCCCGCCACUUCUAAAGUCUAAGCAUAAGGAAUGGGAAUGCCUCCUAAACGACGACACAUGGUAUGUCUUGUUUUCAUGCACUGUGUCUUUCUUUGUUCCUUGUCUUAUCAUGAUCUUGCUCUACUGUCGCAUCUACCGUGUAGCCAAACAUCGAGUGUCCAGUCUUAGGAAUGGGGUGUCUGACUGCAACAGUGCAGCCGCCGGCGGCACCUGUGAAACCCACCAUACCAUACAAAAUAACCAUGAAGCAGAGGAACUGGAUUUAGAAGAAAGCACUUCUUCUGUGCAUAAGUUUCCCAAGAAACAUCAUCACAAAACAAAAGACAAACCCAGCAGUGCCAAAGCAAAAAGGCUUUCGUGGAGCUCAAACCGUGGACAGCAACACAGAGAUCAGUCUAUCUGCAUCUCCCAGAUGCGCCUGACACAGCUCCGAGAGAAGAGGCUCACGUUUGUGCUAGCCGUGGUCAUUGGUGGCUUUGUGAUCUGCUGGUUUCCAUUUUUCUUUACCUAUAGCCUUGAGUCUGUUUGCAGAAAGAGAUGUGGAAUCUCAGAUGCCCUUUUCAACUUCUUCUUCUGGAUUGGCUACUGUAACAGCAGCCUGAAUCCUAUCAUAUACACAGUCUUCAACAGGGAUUUCCGCAAAGCAUUCCGAAGGAUCCUCACACGUAGUUCCAGGAGGACUACAUGAGAAAAUGCAGAAAUGUAUUUUGGGGCUGGGCAGAGCCACCUGUUUACUCUCUCCUUGAGUAUCAUACACUAAAUAUGGGUUUAUUUUUAUUCAACCAGAAUAAAAUUAUUCAAGAACUUAAAAAAAAUGACCAGAAACCAAGUUUACAUGAGUCACAUAAAGAGCCACUGACAAGAUUUAUGUCUUGGGAUCAUGGACUUGUUUGUUUGGAAAUAAGACUAACCCUCAUGUGGAAACAUCUGGAGGACACACUGGGAGCAAAGGUGGGAAUAUUCCUUUUGCUCAAUGUGAAAUAGUCUCCUUCUGAAAUAAAAACGUGACUUUCGGAAAUGAGUGGAAUUUGUCUGGGAUCUCUAGGGGCAAGAGCUUUGCCAGAAAAACAUUGCUGAACCAUCUUAGCCCCUAACGGCCUGAAAGCAGUUUAAAAGCCUACCUGCUGCUUAUUUAAGGCUAAAAAUUCAUAUUGGCUAAUUUUCAAGUUGUUUCAUGCAGAGUAAAGCUUACCUAUGGUUUCUGUUCUCUGUAGUCGCUAUACGCUUGUAGCAGGAACUGCUGUUUCACUGCUUAGUUACUAAUGCAUGCUCACUGGCAGAAUACAUGUAUUUACUGUAUACUGUGUAUUUUAUAUAAAGAUCUGUUGUUAUUUUUUA